GGAAUUCAAUUUUGAAGUCAUAAUUGUUGAUGAUGGCAGUCCUGAUGGUACUCAAGACAUUGUAAAACAACUGCAGCAACUAUAUGGCAAAGAGCGCAUUCUAUUAAGAGCAAGACCCGAGAAGCUUGGUCUAGGAACUGCCUAUUGUCAUGGGUUGAAGCAUGCAACUGGAGAUUUUGUUAUAAUCAUGGAUGCAGAUCUGUCCCAUCAUCCAAAAUAUUUACCUAGUUUCAUCAGGUGAGUUUCAAUAUUAUGGCACUUUCUACGUUUAAUAUGACCCUUGAG